CGGAUCAGGAAGUUAUGUUGGAAUUUGAGAGCGCCUUUACUUUGUAGACAACGCUGAGUGGAGAGACUGCUGACUUCACACUAUCAAAAAGAGGCGCUUGACGGAAGUCACCUGAACCAAGAUGUCGUCAACAUCCCAAAAGCAUAAAGAGUUUGUGGCCGAGCCCAUGGGCGAGAAGUCGGUAAAUGCUCUAGCAGGCAUCGGAGAGGUUCUCGGCAAGCGUCUGGAGGAGAAAGGUUUUGAUAAGGCGUACGUAGUACUUGGCCAGUUCCUGGUCUUGAAGAAGGAUGAAGAGUUCUUCCGUGAUUGGUUGAAAGACACAUGUGGUGCCAAUUCCAAACAGCAAGGUGACUGCUACGGCUGCCUUCGAGAGUGGUGCGACUCCUUCCUGUAGACGACCAGCUCCGCUGUUUUCUCUUUCUUGUCUUUUUUUAUACAUAUAUAAAUAUAAUUCACAUGUUUUACCUCUAAAGUGCACAGGCCUCCCGUGCUAACAACUUGUGAGUGAUGCUGGUUUGGUAGUGAUAGCACUGAACCACAGCCCCCUAGAGCAGCAAGUAAGCUCCGCUAGUUCACCACAACUGGGCAUCUGCAACGCCCAUCUGCCGUAAUGUCUAGUCUAGCUCCAGAUUGUCUGCUGAGCUUCUGCGUAUAACUGAUGACAUGUCAUGGACGGGGGUUCUAAAUAUUUUCUUUAGUUCUUUGUGUUUCAGUUUUGGGUUUGAGUUUCAGCUACCAUGACUCUUAACACAAGUUGGGCGCGUUCACAUGAGCAGCGUCUGUGGUCUACUGAUUGUCUUCACUGCUCGGUUAAAGGAUGCCUUAUUCGACUGUUAUUUAAUCUCCAGUGAAAAUGCGUAUUACAAACACAUACUGUUGGCAUACAUCAUGCAAGCUACCUAAUGUUGAUCCAGUUUUUAAGCGAUUUUGAAGGAUCUGUUUUUAAAUAUAUGCAGUCUCAUUGGGUGUAGAACAACAUUGUUUCUCUCUCCUGUUCCAAACAUGACUGGCUGGCCCUUGGGUCUGUUUCUUAUCCAAAUACGACACAAAGCAAAGCUGAGCGUGGCAGUGGCACAGCAGUAGAAGGUCGUCUUGCUGCUAGGUAUGUUGAGCACACGCAAAUUAAAGCUACUGCCUGUCACCAUUGGCCAAAAUGUGAACGCAGACAUAAUUCACAGAAUGUUUUCCAUUCUGCUUUCUCUUUCCAUUUCACAAUUGUUAAACAUCGAUGAUUUCAGCAUGUAAUAUUUGUCUGUAAGGUUUGUGCAUUUUUUUAAGAAUCAAUACAUGUUUGAAGGAACAAUAAAGUGUAAAGAUAG